AUGUAUACAAAGUUGGGAAGAAAUAGAGUUAUAAUAGCUGCAAGCUCUGAUUUGAAAGAUAGAGCAUCCAUUAUGAUAACUGUAAGCUCUGAUGACAAAAAUGAAAAAUCACAAGGCGGAAACCAGAAGAAGCCCGGAACAGGGAAGUCGGUGGUUGAGAAUGGAUACAGAGGAGUGAGAAGGCGGCCAUGGGGAAAAUAUGGUGCAGAGAUCAGGGAUUCGAAGAAGCAAGGCAUUCGGACUUGGCUUGGAACAUUUAACACUGUAGAAGAAGCAGCCAUGGCUUAUGACAAAGCUGCCUUCAAUAUGAGAGGCUCUCGUGCUAUUCUCAACUUCCCUAAUCAAUUUGUCUGCAGAUCAUCCGAAGAAACAGGAAGCCCCAAUGAAGGUUCUGAAAUAUGUAUCUCAUCAUCUUCUAGUGAAGAGAGUUUGAGUGCCAACAAAUCGUCAUUGGGCAGGAGAUCAUACAAGAGACACAGGCCAUGUGUUCAUGAAUCUGCUUGCCCAAAUCAGAGCCAAAAUGAGAAUAGUGAUGAAAUGAAUAAGAUGACCAAAUUGUACCAGAGUGGUCACGUUAAAGAGGCCGUGUUGGAAUUGGAGGUUCUUAGUGUGGAUUAUUUGGAGGAUCUGCUGGUUGCACAUCAAUCGACUCAGAACAGUUUACCUUGA